AAAUAAGAGUUCUGGCGAUCAAGCCGGACGAAACGGAUACGUGGAACACACAAAAAGCUUUGCAUGCAGCUGGAGUAGAAGACACAGUCGACUACACGCUGACAAACUUGCCCAAAGAUGUCACAAAAUCAAUCAUAUUUCUGGCAAACGACCAGGCACAAUGUAUAUCUGAAGCGAUCCGCCAAAUGGCACAUGGCAAUGGCCUUGAUGGUGGUGCUUACAUUCUCGACCAUAUGUGCGGCCGAAUCCAAUCCAGAUGGCGAUGAUAAUGCCAUAAUUGCCGACAAUCAGCAGAAUGUGGAAGAUGAUCAAUCGAUAAUUAAAUUAGCUACGGAAUCAAAUGGAAUGCUGGAAAAACAAUUGGAUAUUGAACCGGAAAGGGAGAAGAAAAUCAAGGGCAGUUUUAUCGAUGCGUUUACCGCAUCGAUCUCUGUUAUAUUAUUAACAGAGCUAGGUGAUAAGACUUUCUUUAUUGCUGCCAUAAUGGCAAUGCGCCAUCCUCGUUUGAUUGUCUUCCUCGGUGCUAUAACCGCAUUGGCUCUCAUGACGGUUCUCUCAUGCGUAUUUGGCAUGGCAGCAAACUUUAUUCCUAAGAUUUAUACGUAUUAUAUAUCUACUGCAUUAUUUUUAAUAUUUGGUCUAAAAAUGUUGUAUGAUGGUUACAAAAUGAAGCCGACUGAUGCCCAAGAGGAGCUCGAGGAGGUGCAAAGUGAUUUGCGCAAGCGCGAGGAUGAGCUAAUGCGCAUGGCCACUCGCAAAUAUGAGGAUUCGGAUGCGAAGCGUAAGAAUAGCAAUUCGGACAAGGAGGAUGCCAGCGAACAGCCGCUCAUCCAUGGACGCAAGGCGAGCCUGUUGCCCAAGUCGAGUUCGAUCAACAGCUCUGAGAUGCAGCAUCGUCAGCGCAAGCCCACCAAUACCAGCAGCAACAACAAUAACAAUACCACCAACGACUCAACUAGUGAUAAGCAAACGAGCUGUGAUAAGACUGGCAACGAUGUGGACUAUCACAACACCGAGGUGCUGCUCAAGGAUGGAGGACGAGUUGUCGAACAACUGAAGAUGACCACGUUCCAUAAUAGUCCCGCGCACUCGGCAUCCAUUGCCUCAUCGAACCAGACCGAACAAACCCAUUGUGAUUAUCCCCGUAGCAACAACAACCCCAAUGCGACCGUUGGCCCCGAUUCGGAACUGGAGGCGACCGAGCCACGUGCUCCACUAGCUGGACACGAAAGCCUCUAUAGCGUUGACAGCGAGGAGGGCGCGCUCAAAGCACGGCUGGAUCGUGAUGUUAAUACUGCGCUGGUGCAUGACGCGGAGAGCGGACGCCGCAGCAAGGUGCAACGCCGAGGCGCCACCUAUUUCACUAUGCGCAUCUUUGCCCAGGCCUUCACGAUGACCUUUCUUGCCGAAUGGGGCGAUCGUUCGCAAUUGACAACUAUCAUUCUGGCUGCCAGCAAGGACGUCUAUGGCGUGAUUGUUGGCGGUAUUCUUGGCCAUUGCAUUUGCACUGGUCUGGCUGUGAUUGGUGGUCGCCUGGUGGCCUCCAAAAUCUCGGUGCGCACUGUCACCAUUGUGGGCGGCAUUGUAUUCAUUGGCUUUGCGAUUUAUGCGGUGCUCAUGCCGCCAGAUGAUCUAGUUACCAACUAAUCAUCGAUAUUAGCCUGUUGUUUGUUGAGGACUCCCCCACCUCCCGUAACAAGAGGAUAUAUGAAUUUAAACUGUAGUUUUCGAGGAGCAACAGGCACUAUCUACUAGUAUUUCUGUUCGUUUUGUUGUAAAUUGAUGCACUUUAUAGCGAGAGAGCGCCGCUAGCUAACCCAAAGUGCCUUCAGUGCUUUUCGCUUUAGCCAUGACAAACAAAUUUAGUUGC